AUGGCAACUGUGCUACCACAUCGGCCCAAGACCAACUCGACUGGCAGCACGGCGUCAAGACGACACGCUUCACUCAACUCCUUCCCACAACGAUCUGGAUCGCAUUCGACACAGGGCGACUCUGGCAGUCUGGCAGUCGCGCAACAUAGACACACACUCUCCAACGCUUCACACAAGUCAAGUGGCACCAGCUAUCGAUCUUCUCAACAUGGACCCACUCCCGCGCCCAACGCGCUUCGUUCACCGCAAAAGCGCCCACAACAACGCAAAGUGAAGCCGGUGAAGUCGCAGUACCCUCCCGGCGGCACAGAAAACCAUGUCGAGUACAUAUUGGUCGCCUCCUUCGACAUCGAUCGGGGUAGCAUUAUGGAGCAUCAGUACCCAGGACCCGUUGGAGGAGACGAACAUAUGCUUGCUGAGCUGAUGUUACCAGAUCAAGCUCAUGUGCGAAGCCAAGACUGGACCAUAUUCUUUCUACACAAAGACGCCGGCGGAGAGGAAGAUCAAGACCCAGACGCGAAACGAAGACGGAGGAGGAGGCGACGGAAAGCAAUUGAAGCCGGCGAGGACCUGCCCGAGGACGAGGACGAGGACGAGGACGAGGACGAGGACGAUGAAGAUUCGGGAGACGACAGCGAUGACAGUUCUGAUGACGGCAGUCCUGACGGCCCCCCUCUGGUCUAUGUGCUCAAUUUGGUCAACACCAAGCACGACAACACUAUCAAGCGAGGUGCAAUCGUAAAAGCCAUGGCAAUUUGCACGAGGCAUUCUUUCUUGCACAUAUACAAGCCCCUGCUUCUGCUGGCACUGGAACAGUACUUUGCCAAUCCCAUGAUCGACACUCUGGCCAGCCUGUACGAAGCUGUGAACAGCAUGGACUUGUCUCUCAUGCCUCGGCUGAACCUCAACGAGAAGUUCAUCCUGCAAGCGACAGAUACCAAGGACCUUUUUCUCGAGAAGUUUGAGGCCAUGAUAGCACAACGUAUGGCCGAGAAAGAAGAGACAGAAGCCGUCACGCCCGCGAUAGAUCAGACCAGUACCGGUCAGCUACAGUCGAAGACUCGAUACGGCCUACCUCGUGACACUCACGAAUUCGAAAGUGUGAUCAACUAUGCAAAUGUACCUGUACCGGUCAAGAUCCCUACGGCAGUCAGUCCAGAAACAGUCGGCGACUUCAGCUUGGUCAAAUUGAUUACAACAUUCAGCACACCUCACACUUCUUCACCGACGCCCUUCAACCCUACACAUCCUCAUUUGACAACAUCUGGACCUAAUACGCAUCCAAUUAUCGUGCUACUGAAUGCAUUACUCACGCAGAAGCGGGUGAUCUUCCUGGGCCACAACCUUCCCAGUUCGGAGGUAGCUGAAGCAGUACUGGCAGCAUGUGCUCUGGCAUCGGGUGGCAUGCUACGCGGGUUUACUAGACACGCGUUUCCCUACACUGAUUUGACCAAGAUUGACGAUCUUCUGAGAGUCCCUGGAUUCAUCGCUGGUGUGACGAACCCUGCUUUUGCCAACAAGACAGAAUGGUGGGACAUCCUCUGCGAUCUGAGUACAGGGAAGAUGCGAAUAUCUAACAAAGUCGAACAAGCUCCCCUGACUGAAGGCGUGGUCUUCUUCCACCAGAACACCCACCAGACCAAUAGUGUUGCAGCUGGUGGUAUUAGUUCUUUGGUUACGGCGGGAGCGAGUCUGUCUGCAGGGCUGGGUGGUAACAGCGCUCCUUCGGGCAGUAUGACAGGCGAUGCCACUGGUGACGGGGCUUUCAUGCAGAGUGUGCUUGCUGCCAUCAAUGAGCGACAUGGCGAGAAUGCCAUUCGUGGCAAGUUCCGCAAGUGGGUAGUGAAGUUCACUCGGCUUGCUUCGAGCUUCGAGGAGACAGUUUAUGGUGCGAGUGCACUGCACAUUCACAACCCGGAAAGUCCAAAGACCAACUUCCCAGCUUCACCUAUCUCACCCGCCGAGGCACACAAAGAGCUCGCGCCAGAGGUCAUCGGCCACGGCUACGUCUGGCCAACAGCACAAUCCAAAAACAAUGAAUUGGCUGCCAAUGCUACUCGAAUCGAAGGAUGGCGUAACACGCGCAGCUACUACAACUUCAUCCAAGAUCUUGCCUCGUUCUACGUGCACCGCCCGAUCAAGCACCUGGACCUACAGCACCUACACGAUAAGCUUGCAAAGCUACGACUCGGACACGAGCAGAGCGCAAACAUCUACCUCGCCAUAUGUGAAGCCAUCAACACGGAGUCCGAAAUCAGUCACCUCCUCUCGAUCGUGGCCAUGGGCGUUUGGGAGAACAAGGCCACCAGCGCCGCAAGCGGUCAGACGCCAGGCUUGCUGUACAUAGGCACAGGUCUUUUCCACCCUCGGCUGGACGUAAGAGAGGAAGUAGCAGAACUCUUAGGCAGAAUCAGAGAACAUGAAGCCGGUCGGCACUUCUGGUUGACGCUGGGGAGGUUCAUUCGCAUUGGGUGGGAGAGGACGAUGACUCUGAAAGUCGAUAAACUGGAGCGAGGAGGUGAUGAUCACUGA